UUUCCGUCACAUCGAUGGACGCUCGUGUUGAAAAUCACACACAAUCAAAAUAACCUUAAAGUGAGUUUUGCGGACGUGCAGCUGAUCAACGAUGUAAUGACUGAUAAAGAUAAAAUUAGCCAAAGGAUAUAAAAAAAUUAUAGACAAAUAAACGCAAAUUCUGUUGCCAAUCAUAAAAAAAUAGACUAUAAUGAGUGAGUCGAGCGAAUUAGUUGUUGUGGUUAAAGCAAAGCCAGUGAGAAAAGUUUUCAAAGCACCUGUCAGGAUAAACAAAAUUCCUCAAGAGCAGCUAAAUGACCCUUUACUCAACGCAGCAAUUGCAGCUCUCCCGACAAACUAUAACUUUGAAAUUCACAAGACAAUAUGGAGGAUAAAAGAGCUCAAGUCAAAGCGAGUCGCUCUUCAGAUGCCUGAAGGGCUUUUGCUGUUUGCUACUACAAUAUGUGACAUAAUAGAGGAAUUCACAGAUGCAGAGACAGUCAUAAUGGGGGAUGUAACUUAUGGUGCCUGUUGCAUCGACGACUACACUGCCAAAGCUCUAAACGUCGAUUUGCUGCUACAUUAUGGUCACUCCUGUUUAAUUCCGGUAGACCAAACAACUGGAAUAAAAGUACUCUACAUAUUUGUCGACAUAAAGAUCGAUGCGAUGCACUGUAUAGAAUCUCUACAACAAAAUCUACCGGUCAUCACAAAGAUAGCAUUAGUCAGCACGAUCCAGUUUGCCUCUACGCUACAAGCAGUUGCCGUUGAGAUGAGAAAAGCUGGAUACGACGUCACUGUUCCACAAAGUAGACCUCUGAGUCCAGGGGAGGUAUUGGGAUGCACCGCGCCGCAAAUACGAUGCGCAGAUGCAGUGGUCUAUCUCGGAGAUGGCCGAUUUCACCUAGAGGCAGCAAUGAUUGCAAAUCCUAAGUUAAGAGCAUAUCGCUACGACCCUUAUGAAAAAAAAUUAACCGAGGAAUUCUACGAUCAUGAGACAAUGCUGAAAACGAGACAAAAGGCAAUAGACACAACUAAGAGCGCAGACAAGUAUGGAUUGAUCUUGGGAACUCUAGGGCGGCAAGGAAACCCGACCGUUUUCAGGACUAUUGAGAACAGAUUAAGGACCCUGAAUAAACAAGCUGUGACCAUUUUGCUCUCUGAAAUAUUUCCUGAUAAACUGAAACUGUUUGAAGACGUAGACGCUUUUGUGCAGGUGGCAUGUCCAAGGCUCAGCAUAGAUUGGGGUACCGCAUUUGAGAAGCCAUUAUUGACGCCUUUCGAGGGGGCUGUGGCUUUAAAGCUCGCCGAAUUCGACGCGGAGAAACCGUAUCCAAUGGAUUUCUACGCUUCCGCAAGUUUGGGUCCUUGGACUCCGAACCACAAGCCAGCAGAACUGGAAAAACAAAGCGAUGCAUGUUGCGGUAAAUGUAAAGAUGUCAAAUAGCAAACAAUUCAAGGUAUCUUAUUUUCAUACGACUGCGCUAUCAUCGAGGCUUUACUCAAUAUUUGAGUAUUACUGAGGGCAAAGAUAAUUUAUAUAUUCUAGAAUACUGUGAUGAUUUAAAUGGUGAAAAUAAACAAGGAAGCUGUGGAAAAGAA